AUGUCCCCCACGCGGCCCGAGGCGGCCGAGGCGGCUGUCCCGCCCGUUGACGACCCGGGCCGUCUCGAAGCCCAGCCGAAUACCUUUGGGAGCUCUGGGAGUGACAACAACACCGACGACAAUAUCCACCCGCUGGCCCUGACCACGACUCUGACCAACACCAACCCAGGGCUAGCCGCCAUUCCCGCGCCGAAUCUAGCCUCAACUCCUACUCCAGCCUCGAAUCUAAACCCGAAUCCAAAGACCAAGGACCAAAGCGUUGUUAUUAACACCAACAACAACAAUAAUAAUAACAAUGGCAACCACAAAACCACCACCUUCGGCCCCCGCCCCCCCCAAUUCCGCACCACCCUCCAAGAAAUAACCUUCGUCUUCCAAGCCACCAUCGCCACCGCCACCUCCUCCUUCCUCCAAGGCGCCUCCACCAUCAUCACCGCCUCUAUCGCCCGCGACCUCGGCAUGUCCCAAGGCGAGCUGACCUGGAUCACCGCCUCCACCGCCCUGACCGCGGGCGCUUUCCAGCUCGGUCUCGGCCAAGCGGCCGACCUGCUAGGGCGGAAACCGGUUUUCUUGGUGGGCAUGGGGUCGUUUGCCGCGUUUUCGUUACUGGUGGCAUGGGCGAAAACGCCGUUGUGGAUGGACGUGGUGUGCGGGUUGUUGGGGGUCAGUGGAGCGAUGGUGGUGCCGCCGGCGAUUGGGAUUAUGGGCGCGGCGUAUAGUGUGCCGAGUAAGAGGAAGAACAUGGCGUUUUCGGCGUUUAGCGCGGGGAAUCCCUUGGGGUUUGUGUUGGGGUGUGUGGUGAGCGGGGUUGCGACGAUGGUGGUGGAUUGGAGGGCGAGUUAUGUGUUGAUUGGGAUUUUGUGGGCGGUGUUUGCGGUACUGGCUUGGUGGGGGGUGCCUGGGGGAGUGGAGGCGUAUGGAGAGGGAGUUGGGUUGAAGGAGAGGGUGAGGAUGUUUGGGAGGACGUUUGAUUUUGGGGGGACGGCGAUGACGGUGCUUGGGACGGGGUUGGUGACGGCGGGGAUUACACUCGGCCCGGCAGAUGGAUGGAACUCACCGCACAUCAUCGCCAUGCUGGUUCUCGGCGUCGCUCUCCUGGCCGGCUUCGUCUACUGGGAGACCGUCUUCCCGUACCCCCUGAUGCCCCCGCACAUCUGGAAAGACCGCAACUUUACCUUUAUCAUCCUCAGCUGCAUGCCGGGCUACAUGGCCUUCAUCUCCUCGCUCUUCUGGCUCUCCCUCCUCAUGCAAGAACUGCAGCACCUGUCCGCCAUCGAGCUGGCCGUGCAGCUCAUGCCGCAGGCCAUCGCGGGGUUGAUCUACAACGUGAUCGCCGGCUCGGUGCUGCACCGCAUCAACAACACUUUACUCUUGCUCCUCGGCUCUAGCACCUAUGUUGGUGCGAAUGUGCUGCUCUCGCUGAUGCGCCCGGAGAGCCGGUACUGGGAUUUUGUCUUUCCUGCGCUUGUGUUGUCGGUCGUGGGGGCGGAUUUUCAUUUUAAUGUUGCGAACAUGUACGUAAUGCAAUCCCUCCCCUCGCACCAACAAGCCCUCGCCGGCGGCAUCUUCAACACCCUCUUCCGCCUGGCCGCCGCCAUCGCACUCGGCAUCACCACCGCCGUCUUCAGCUCGGUAUCCGCCACACCCGCAGGUAUCGCCGACCCCAUGCUGCCGUAUACACGGGCCUUUCAGGUGGGUAUCGCCAUGUCGGGGGCGAGUUUUCUGUUUCUGCCUUUUGUGAGGAUUGGGACGCAGGGACAUGCGGGGAAUGGGGAUCAAACGGAGGGUUCGAGUGGGGAUGAAAAGGGAAGUGGGAAUGGGAAGAGGACUGGGGAUGGGAAUGGGAAUCAGAGCGAAGGGGAGAAGGGGCAGAGCAGUAAUAGUAGUGGGGAUGAGGGUGAGAAGGAGGUGAAGACGGGAGAGGUUGUGGCUGGGGAAAAGGGGAAGGAAUAA